UUGUAUCAAAUACGAUUUUAAUUGUAGCAAGGGAAUUCCUAAAUUGGAACAUCUUGAAUAUUAUUAUGCAACAGAAUGCGAGGUCUCGACCCUAAUUACAAUAUUAGUCCGUCUGCAAAAGCAAUUCAAUCGCAUGACGUGGAUCUGCGACAGUCCCCAUCCGAUGUUAGGUUAUGUUUUUGAAAGCUGCUCUGUAGUCUUUACAUUCUAAUUCAUUCACAAUAAUAAAUAAAUUAUCAUUCAAAAAUGUUCGAAGUGUCAGACACCCAGAAAAUCGGAGUGGGCUUGGCCGGAUUCGGGAUGUUUUUCCUCUUCCUGGGUGUUAUUCUGCUCUUCGAUAAGAGUCUUCUGGCUCUAGGAAAUAUUCUGUUCAUCUGUGGCUUGGCCUGUGUGAUAGGUCUGGAAAGGACAUUCAGGUUUUUCUUUCAGAGACACAAAGUCAAAGCAUCAAUUGCAUUCUUUGGUGGCAUCAUAAUUGUGUUGGUUGGCUUCCCGUUGAUCGGAAUGCUCUUUGAAACCUAUGGUUUUGUUUUAUUAUUCAGUGGAUUCUUCCCAGUUGCUAUAAACUUCCUGAGAAGGGUACCUGUGAUUGGCACAUUAUUAAAUAUGCCGGGAGUUAGUGGGUUGAUAGACUGGCUGGAGACUCGGGGAGGACAAGAGUGUGAUCAAAAUGCAUAUUAAAUAAAAUUGUGAGAGUGAACCGUUCUGUUCCUUGAUUGUAAACUACGUUAUUCCAUCUAAUCUUGAUUACUUUUUAUUUAAUUUCUACUCAAAUUAUGUUCCAAACGCAGCGUUUUUCUGCGAUGAAAAAAAAAGCAAAGAAACGAAACGCAAGACCAUUUCUUUAUAUUGAGAAAUGCAUCGAUC